GCCGAGGGCUGGGUCGGGGGUGAACUGCUGCCUGCCCUUCGCGGGCACAGCGCGGACAGCCGCGGCGCCUAGCGGGUCCCGCGCACACGUGCGUGCCGCGAGCCAGGUGCGCCCCCUGCACCCACGCCUCGGGCCCUCGUGCGCUUCCCGCCCUGCCCCGCGCCGGGGCCGGCCAGCUCGGCGCCCCCGCCCCUGCCCCGGGGGGACGACCCAGGCCGCGCAGCUCGCGGCCCCCUUCCCGCCCGCGGACGGCGCGCGGUAGGCGGGCGUCACCAGUUAAAGUGUAGCGGGGCGGCCGCCUCCUAUCCAGUCCUCCUGCCCCUCCUUCUCCACAGCAGCCAACUUUCCGUGCACUCCGGCCGAGCUGCCGAGGGAGGAGUGAGUCGUUCCAUUUGCAUCCGUGGAUGUGAGAGGAUUUGGGACUGGAAGCAUGUGGUAUGUGCUGCAAGGCUGGAGGUGCAGGCCCAUUCGCCCACUUGGAGCCCUGGCUUGGGGUGCUCUGGGGCAGGAGCGGCCCCCAGGUCUCUGUGCCCUGUCUGGUAUGGGCCCCAGGAGCAGGGAGGAGUACAGCUACAUCGUGGUGGGAGCAGGCUCUGCGGGCUGUGUGCUGGCCCACAGGCUCACGGAGGAGCCCACAGAGCGCCUGCUGCUGCUGGAGGCUGGACCCAAGGAUGUGCUUGCAGGGAGCAAGCGGCUCCUGUGGAAGAUCCACAUGCCUGCAGCCCUUGUGGCCAACCUGUGCAACAACAGGUACAACUGGUUCUACCACACGGAGCCGCAGCCAGGCCUGGACGGCCGUGUGCUGUACUGGCCACGCGGCCGAGUCUGGGGCGGCUCCUCAUCGCUCAACGCCAUGGUGUAUGUCCGUGGUCAUGCUGAGGACUAUGACCGCUGGCACCGCCAAGGCGCCAUGGACUGGGACUAUGCACACUGCCUGCCCUACUUCCGCAAGGCGCAGGGCCACGAGCUGGGUGCCAGCAUGUACCGCGGCGGCGAAGGCCCACUGCGUGUGUCCCGGGGCAAGAGCAACCACCCGCUGCACCGGGCAUUCCUGGAGGCAGCGCAGCAGGCUGGCUACCCCCUCACUGAGGACAUGAAUGGCUUCCAGCAAGAAGGCUUUGGCUGGAUGGACAUGACCAUCCAUGAAGGCAAGCGCUGGAGCACAGCCUCUGCCUACCUGCGCCCUGCACUGAGCCGCCCCAACUUGAAGGCCGAGACCCAGACAUUUGUGAACAGGGUGCUGUUUGAAGGCACCCGUGCAGUGGGUGUGGAGUACGUCAAGAAUGGCCAGAGCCACAGGGCUUAUGCCAGCAAGGAGGUGAUUCUGAGUGGAGGCGCCAUCAACUCACCACAGCUGCUCAUGCUCUCGGGCAUCGGGAAUGCAGAUGACCUCAAGAAACUGGGCAUCCCUGUGGUGUGCCACCUUCCUGGAGUUGGCCAGAACCUUCAAGACCACCUGGAAGUCUACAUUCAGCAGGAGUGCACUCGCCCCAUCACCCUCCACUCAGCACAGAAGCCCUUGCAGAUGGUCCGGAUUGGUCUGGAGUGGCUCUGGAAGUUCACAGGGGAUGGAGCCACUUCCCAUCUGGAAACAGGUGGGUUCAUCCGGAGCCAGCCUGGGGUCCCCCACCCAGACAUACAGUUCCAUUUCCUGCCAUCCCAAGUGACUGACCACGGGCGGGUCCCCCCGCAGCAGGAGGCUUACCAGUUGCAUGUGGGGACCAUGCGGGGCACAAGUGUGGGCUGGCUUAAACUGAGAAGUGCCAACCCCCAGGACCACCCUGUGAUCCAACCCAACUACUUAUCCACAGAAACUGAUAUUGUAGACUUCCGCCUGUGUGUGAAGCUGUCCAGAGAAAUUUUUGCACAGAAAGCCCUGGCACCAUUCCGGGGAAAAGAGCUCCAGCCAGGAAGCCACGUGCAGUCCGAUAAAGAGAUAGAUGCCUUUGUGCGGGCGAAAGGGGACAGCGCCUACCACCCCUCAUGCACCUGUAAGAUGGGCCAGCCCUCCGAUCCCACUGCUGUGGUGGAUCCACAGACCAGGGUUCUUGGGGUGGAAAACCUGAGGGUCAUCGAUGCCUCCAUCAUGCCCAGUGUGGUCAGUGGCAACCUGAAUGCCCCCACGAUCAUGAUGGCAGAGAAAGCAGCCGACAUUAUUAAGGGGCGGCCUGCACUCUGGGACAAGGACAUCCCUGUCUAUAAGCCCAAGACCCUGGACACCCAGCGUUAAGGCAGCCACUGCCUGGAGAAUGACCAGAGAACCCCCUGCCAGAGGUCAAGCCAAGAACGCCAGCACAGCCCUUCCUCCAAAUGCUACUCCUGAAACUGCCUACCAUACAGGACCCUGGUGGUACCUACCCAGGGACUAAGAAUUAGAUGAUUUCUUAAGAAUGGAGACCAGUACUACUCAGUGAAAAAUGUUCUUUUCUCCCAGAAUUUCCCUGGGGGCCGUUUAGAGAAGGCCAGUAUCCAGGCAUGGGCCCCUUCCUGCCCCUUGGAAGACAGCAGAGGGAAGGGCAGGGCCGAACAAGAGGUGGGUUCAUUCCUUGAAUGUUCUGUCUUGUCUCCAGCCUGGGGGUCCUGCUGCCUGCUCACUUCCUUAGCCUGGUCAGACUUGAGGGAACCGGUUCUUUACCAGGCCUCCCUCUUGGGGCAAGCCCCUAAAAGAACUCUGUUCUAGGCACAGAGGCUGGAUUUUCCAAGGAAAGGACCACAUCAACCUCAGGCUGCAAGCUUUCUGUUUUACACACUGGGAAAUCUCUGGUGUUCCUGUUCAAGAGGGGAAACUUGCCUCCCGGAAGAAAAACAGCCUUUUCCCUUCCACUUCCUGAUUUUACCCUCAGAGUUCUCAGCUGGGUCACUCCGAGAGGCUUGUGGCCUGAGUCCUCAGAUGCUCUGGCGCCUUCUAAACACAGCUCCAAUGGGAGGAUUUCUGGACCUUGCUCAAGGGAGUCUGAAGGGAAUGUCACUUUGUUUUCACUACCAUAGGCUUCAGGAUUUAGGGAUUUAGUCUCCCUGUUACAGGAAACGCAGAAACCCAGAGCAAAGCAUACCAGAGCAGCGCUCCACAGGAAGCAGCUGCUCCCCCCACCCUCCAGUCUAGACCCAGGAGGCUCCUCUGCAGCAGCCUUGGGAAGCAAAGCACCAGAGCUGCCUGGGCAGUGGAUGGGGCUGGUUAACUCUUUUUCUCUGGACAUCCAGGGGAGCAGACCAAGAUAGAGCUGAACAAAAAGCAGUUAGGCAAAACUAUGCACCCUGAUCCGGUAAAAAUGCAGUUCGGUGGAAGAAAAAUAAAUUGACAGAGAUUUGAGUUUUUGGUGGUGGGGGGGGGCGGAUAACAACAACAACAACAAAAAACAGAUUCAAAUGGCAUUUUAAAUGACUCUUUGAUCUUUAAACUUCUUAUAAUUAAAUAAUGUUAAUCCAGUUAUUUUUGAACUGAGAUCUCUUAUCCAGACUGUUCUUACAAGGUGAGGAAAAGUAAAUGCAUUUUGGAUUGAUUUUUCUGAAGAUAUCCAAAGCCACUGUCUGUGGCAGGGAAGGAAAGAAUUGCCAUAUGGAAACUUGCAGUGCUGGGCUCAGAGUAAGGAGAGGAGGAAAAUAGGGUACUCAGCUUCAGCUGGGAUUGGAGUGGAUUGAGGGCCCUUGCAAAUACAUGGGAGGCCUGAUAGCUACAACUUAAGUUUCUGGAGAAAACCUUCUGCCAGAAAAGUGGAAAGAGAGGAAAACCUCACUUUUCUUCUUCCUUUAAAAAAUUUAAGCAGCUCUUGUUUAAUCUUUCCUGUUUAUCUUGCCUUAUGUUUCAAGGGAAGGUCAACAAAGAAAGUUCUAAGUCUGCUAAGGGGCUUAUUUCUCCUCUAGAGGUCCCCCCACCUGCCCGCUAGCAGCAAUCAGUGGGUGUCAGAGCUUGGGGCCUUGUGGAUGCAUGUAGGGGAGGGGCCUGCCAGUGGCUGUGAGGGCCACACGUACCCUCAUCAAGGAGAGCUUGCCGAUUCAGAUAAGCAGAAAAAAGUUAUGUGACUGUAAAGAGGUGUGGGGAUCUUCCCAGGCCUGACCUUUGUUGUGCUGACCCUCCUUCUCUGGUGACCCUCAUCACUUGCCAACAUGGCAAAUGAUGCUGUAAUUUAGAUUUACCAGUUCUGGGUCCUCUGAUAUUCUUGGCCUCUUAGACAAUGACUGAUUAGAUACAGUGGCUGUAUUUUAAGAGAGACAAAAUUAAAUCUGAUAAAAUGA